UCGGGAAGAGCUGAGGGUUGCGCGCUGCCUCGGAGCGACAGUGAAAUGGGAGUUUCACUCCGUCAUGGAUCCGUUUGACGGCCCCGAGUCUCACAAGGUAAAGCUGGAGUCUGCGGAGACCAGCGCGGCAGAGACGUGUGUGCCGUGGAGCCGGUUCUCCGCCUGGCUGGAGUGUGUGUGCGUGGUCACCUUCGACCUGGAGCUCGGACAGGCCAUAGAGCUUGUCUAUCCACAUGAUGUGAAACUUACAGAAAAGGAGAAAACAAGCAUAUGCUACUUGUCAUUCCCUGAUUCAUACUCAGGUUGUCUUGGAGACACACAAUUCAGCUUCAGGCUGCGGCAGUCUGUGGGACGAGUCAGCGGCUCGUGGUUUGGAGAGGAGGACAAAUACAACAGAGAUGCGCCACUAAUACUGCAGAAGGAACUGGCACAUUUCUACGGCUAUGUGUACUUCAGGCAAGUCAAAGAUGUCUCUGUCAAAAGGGGCUACUUUCAGAAGUCACUGGUCCUGGUUUCCAGACUGCCAUAUGUGCAGCUGUUCCAGUCUCUGCUGCAGAUCAUUGCUCCGGAGUACUUUGAGAAGCUAGAGCCUUGUUUGGAGGCCGUUUGUAAUGAGAUUGACCAGUGGCCCCCACCUGUGCCAGGCCAGACCCUCAAUCUACCUGUGAUGGGCGUUGUGAUGCAGGUCAGGAUUCCUUCAAAGGAUGAUAAACCAGGAGGAAGUCCUACCAGACAGGGACAGAAGGAGAAUCUUCUCCCUGCCCCCAUGGUUCUCCCUACAAUCCAUGAGCUGGAUCUUUUUAAGUGCUUCCAGUCCGUCCUGAUUCACCUGCAGAUGCUCUGGGAGCUGAUGUUGCUAGGAGAGCCACUUGUGGUCAUGGCACCCUCUCCAACCAUCUCCUCGGAGACGGUGCUGGCCUUAGUCAGCUCCAUCAGUCCACUGAGAUACUGCUGUGAUUUUCGUCCGUACUUUACUAUCCAUGACAGUGAGUUUAAAGAGUACACCACCAGGACUCAGGCACCGCCUAAUGUAAUACUGGGUGUUACUAACCCCUUCUUCAUCAAGACCUUUCAGUGCUGGCCUCAUGUAUUGCGUCUCGGCGAGGUGAAGAUGUCCGGAGAUUUGCCAAAGCAGGUUAAGGUUAAGAAGCUGGCAAAGUUGAAAACACUGGACACAAAACCAGGCAUAUACACAGCUUACAAAACAUUUCUCCAUAAAGACAAAGCCCUCAUCAAGAGACUCUUAAAGGGAAUUCAGAGGAAAAGGCCUUCAGAGGUGCAGAGCGCCAUCUUGAGGCGGCAUCUGUUAGAACUAACACAGAGCUUCAUCAUUCCACUGGAGCGAUAUCUGGCCAGCCUGAUGCCACUGCAGAGAUCUGUGACUCCUUGGAAGACUCCUCCUCAGAUCCGACCCUUCAGUCAGGACGAGUUUAUGGCCACUCUGGAUCAUGCUGGGCCACAACUUACCUCCAUGCUCAAAGGGGACUGGAUGGGCCUUUACAAGCGAUUCUUCCGGUCUCCUAACUUUGAUGGCUGGUAUCGUCUCAGACAUCGGGAAAUGACUCAAAAAGUGGAAUGUCUUCAUUUAGAAGCUAUCUGUGAUGCUGAUCUGCUGAGUUGGACCAAAGACAAGUCAGAGGUGGAGAUCGUUGACCUCGUUUUAAAAUUGCGGGAGAAGCUGAUGAGAGCUCGUAAACAUCACCUUCCAGUGAAGGAGGAGCUGCUAGAGAAGCUGGAAAACUACAUUCAGAUUGUGAUCAGCUCUCUGCCUGAGGAUCUACAGACAGUACUGCACAAACACUGACAAAGAGACAUACAAUCCCACACUCACUGAUCAAAAGGGGCUUUGACACUCAAAAAAAAAAAACGAAGCUACUUAUAAGGACCAUCAAU